AUGCGUUAUUCAGCCCUCACCUUUCCUCCUGUCACUCCCGCGCCUCGUCCAACUAACACCGCCUCGACCCUCCAACAUCCUGACCACAGGGCUGGGACUCCUCAGGAUCCGCUGAUUGGCGAAUGUGACGGAAAGCUACCGACCUGCUCACAGUGCUGCCUGACUGGGCGUGAGUGCGGAGGCUACAAGCUUGACCCAGUUUUUAUUCCGUACAAGGUGACCACACUGCAAAAGUCUUCCAGAAAGGGUCGAACCAACAAACGGUCUUCUGAGGCUGCUGCUUCUACUACCGGCUCAAAAACGCGCAAUGUAGAGCGUACCGUUGCCGGACAACCUCCACCAUCUCAAAUCUGUCGACCCGUUGACUCUGCAACGCCUCAAGAGUUCACAGCCGUGGUUCUUAGCUGCUUCAUUCCUAAGUAUCAACAAGGUCCCCCAACAUUCGAUCUCAGUACGAGCCAAGUCUGUGGAGCAUGGGUGGGCAUACUGCCGGGCCUGGUUGCUCGUGUGGGCUCAGGCUCGAGGAAGCUGCUCUACCUAGCGACUCAAGCUUUCGCUGCGUCAAUACUCGACAGUAGCACACAAGCAAAAAGCAAAAGCUUCCACAGCCAAGAAGCUUACCACAACACACUGCAGAGGCUAAACAAAGAGCUGGUGUCGAUGAAGAGCUUCUUCAGUGUAGAGACCGCAGCUGCUAUUGUGUGCCUAGCAAUGGUAGAGUUGAUGCUCCCGAUCUCGGACAACGGUAUACAUGCACAUACGGGAGGCCUUGGCGCGCUGAUCAACUUGUCGCCCCCUGACCUGUUCAGCCGCAAAGAGUUCCAUGCCAUUUUCAUUGGCUGCAGACCUGUGCUGCUAUUCCAAGCUCUGGCUGCACGGAAAUCCACGUUUCUUGCUCAAGAGAAUUGGUUGAGAAUCCCAUUCCGGCACCAUCCGCCGUCCGCAAUACAAGCUCUCAUCAGUGAUGGCGCCGUUAUUCCAUCCAUCAUGGAAGCAAUCGAUAUUUUGCCAACCCUACCUUGGUAUGCGGCAGUCAUGAAAGCACACCAGUUGAAAGCCAAGCUAGAAAUGGUCUUGGGGCGUCUAUCAAGAUGGAAUGACCGAUUCGGAAGAGACAUAAGUGAAUCCCCUGGUCCCAUUCUAAAAGCCGACAGUCCACAAGCUUUCGAAAAUGGAGCCAGGUCUUUUUGGUUCCCUAGCCUGGUCGCAGCGAAUGUACACACUCAUAUGUGGGCAUUCGAAAUCGUCUCCCUGGUCGAGCUUGACAAGCUGACGCCUUAUUUGCCGGGUGAAAAAGAUGUCGUAUCUACGCCAGACCAGGAUGAGGAACCACCAUUUGCACGAAUCACUACACUUGCGUCCAAGAUCUGUCAAUGUAUGGAGUAUCUACUUCAAGAAGACUUGAAGCUGUUUGGCCCAGCUGCCGCGCUUUUCCCUCUGAAUAUCGCGUACGAAGUGCUGAGCAAGGAUGAAGAGGGGAAUAAGCAACUGAUCGCUCGCUGUUGGCAGUAUUUCGAUCUAAUACGGCACAGAGGAAUCUCAAGCAAGGCGAUCUUUCCCCCCUCGUAUAGGGAUGUCUGUAUUGAUACCUGA